AUGGACGACAGUCAGCGGCGAUCUCCGGCGUCCACGUCGUCGUCGUCGUCUUCCAGCACGGCGGGGAAUCAAUGCCGCCGAUUUCGGAGGGGUGGCGUGGUGGAGGAGGAGGAUGCCGGAGAUCCGGCGGUGGGGUGCACCGGGAAAUCGUUCCAGUCGUGCACGGCGGGCGUGAUCGCCGACUGCGUGGCGGUGUGCUGCUGCCCCUGCGCGGUGGUUAACAUCCUGGCGCUGGCGUUCGUCAAGCUGCCGUGGGCGGUGGCGAGAAGGUGCAUCGGCGGCGGCCGGAAGAGGCGGCGCCGGCGGCGGCUGGAGGGGGAACGGAAAUGGUGCGAGGAGGGUAGGGAUGUAAUUUGUGGAGACGGGAUGGCGGGGUUCGAAACGACGUCGGAUAGGGUGCUGAGCGGGGUGGUGGUGAUUGAAGAGGGGCUUAAUGACCGUUUUAGUGCUAAGGGCGCGGUUUGGUUAGAGUUUGGUAGGGUUUCUUUCAAUGGAAUUUCUUUUCAUGACAGGGGUAAUUGA